UACAUUUUACUUUUCUCUCGGGACUUAAGUGGUUCCAUGAAAACCAUAACAGUAAAGGGCCCAUCCGAAAGGAGAUCUGUGAGAUCGUGCAGCUAGUUCGCUCAGAGUCUUUCUGUAAUUUUGAGUACGAUCGAGAUCAGAGACUUCGUCGUGUGUACUGAGCUCUUAUUUCAUGUCAAUGCCAAUGUGGAAUGCUUCACUCAUGAAAACAGCUAAAAUGGGGAUUGGAUUGGAGAGAAUCUGAGAGGUAAAGAAAGCUCUGGAAAGGUGCCAGAGUCUCUAAUUCAUGCCUCUCGAUCUCUCUAUGUGAGAGUCCACAUCCGAAAAUUCAAAGUCGCUGAACGAAAAUUUCUCAUUGAUGUUUUUGGAUCAUUGCCAACAAAAGUCCCGGAAACCCGGAAAACUGUUCUCUAGAAUCACAAAAAGCAAAACAAAAAUAAGCCAGAACCAGAGAUCGAUAAGCUUAGCAGUCCUAUAGCUCCAUCGCAGUGUCUCUUCUUUAACGCCACAAAACAUACCUUCAACACAAAACCCAAGAAAUAUUGAUAUUGGAACCGAAACCCGGCUACCUGCCCCGAGAGGGAGAGGGAGAGAGAGAGACAGGAGCAGAGAGCUAAUACGUUCACCUACCGAAACGAUUGGUCGCGCAAUUACCUAUGUAGCCCACAGAUUGGCGCGCUUGGAACCUAUUGACAGCAGUAGGGUAAUUGCAGAAGCAGCGCCGCUCGUGUUUGUCGCUCGUGGUGCCUUUCAGUCUCACCCCCACACCCCAUAUCUCGAGGCCAUUUAUUCGGCCUCUAAUUGACACUUGUCAUAGACUUUGCUUUAAUCUAUUGGAUACCCUUUUCUGUUCAAACUUUUCCUUCCUCCGCCAUUCUCUCUCAUGUACCUCUAUGCCGACCUCCGAGUACAGAGCACUUGAUGAGUUUUGGGUUUGUUUUGUAUGUGCUCAAAGGUGUGGAAUUAACCUCGAGGUAUUGCAUUGGCCGCAAUUCUAGGGAGUGUCGGUCAUGAUGUUGAAUUUCACUGUUGCUUUGUAUUGAAGCAGAGACUGUGGCCGCCUUUUCUCGCAUAGUUUGCGAGUAAAAAUGGGUCCGUGAAUUCGGCCGUUUUUUGAUAUUGAAGGGUUCUAAGUACUGCUUGGUUGCCUAUAGGGAGUGCGACUGUGCGAGAACUGUGUUUUUGGUGUGGAUUAUUGGCCUCGAGAACAAGACAUGCUGAGCUCUGAUGAGGGAGAAAUUGAUGUUUUCUUUGACUCCGCGGAUUAUUUAUCGUCUGAAGAGUCAUCUGUAGAUGAAGAGAUAGGUUCUAUACAUUUAGAAUAUGGUAUUUGGAUGAAUGAACCACAAAGCAUUAAGGAAAGGCGGGAGAAUUUCUUACGUGGAAUUGGUUUAGCUGAAUUUUCUUCUCCUAGGAUUUGUGCGGAGAUUGGAAUGGAAGUUUCUGGCUUAUCAGAGGUGAUGGGAUUGGAGAGGCUCAAGCAAUGCAGUGGAGCUGUCUCAAGCUCUUGCAUUUCAUCUACUGAUUUAGCAGAGGGAAAUAUGGUUUGCUGUAAAAGAGAGAGGGGCACGCAAGCAAAAGCCCUGUUUGAUGAAUUGGAAGGAAAACAAGAAGACCGACAAAAACAGAAAGUAGUUCUCGAUGGGAAGGCUACUGAGCAUUCAACUGCUGCUCAAGAAUAUGUGGGCAGUAAUAUGCAUGCCCACUUAAAAGAAUAUAAAAACUUGGAUUUGGGUAAAAGGAGAUUGAAAAAUUGGUUAAAUCACUUUAUCAACAAGAGGAAGGGAAGUAGAGAUACAUUUGUCACAGAAGUAUCAAAACCAAAUUCUAGAACGCCUAAGAUAAACAGAAUGAAGGUAUGGCAGAAUAACAAGAGGUACAUGGAAUUUACUGCUCUAUUCAAUGGGCAAGAGAUUCGUGCACACAAUGGCUUAAUUUGGACAAUAAAGUUUAGUCCAGAUGGCCAAUAUCUAGCAAGUGGUGGCGAAGAUGGGGUUGUACGUAUUUGGCGUGUUACAUCAGUAGAUGCCUUGGAUAAUUAUUUAAUGGUUAGAGGCAGUUUCGGCAUAAAAAUGAAAGGAGGCAAGUCCACUCUUGGGGGAAAAAGUAUGAACCAUGCCUCCAUUGUUAUUCCUGAUAAGGUUUUUCACAUUGAAGAGUCGCCAGUGCACGAAUUUCAUGGCCAUUCUAGUGGUGUCUUGGACCUGUCUUGGUCCCAUUCAAAUUUUCUGCUUUCAUCAUCCAAGGAUAAAACCGUUCGUCUGUGGAAAUUGGGUUGCACACAAUGUUAUAAUGUUUUCCGUCACAAUGAUUACGUGACAUGCGUGCAGUUCAAUCCUGUUGAUGACAAUUACUUUAUCAGUGGCUCCGUAGAUGGAAAAGUUCGAAUUUGGGGAGUGUCUGAGAAGCGAGUUGUUGAUUGGGCUGAUGUGCGAGAUGUAAUAACUGCUAUAUGCUACAAGCCAGAUGGGAAUGGCUUCAUAGUUGGUUCUAUUACAGGCACUUGUCGUUUCUAUGAUGCAUCAGGCAAACAUCUAAAACUCGAUGCACAGAUAUGUGUUCAAGGCAAAAAGAAAACGUCUGCUAAUAAGAUCACUGGCAUUCAGUUCUCCCAGGAAAUAUCUCAAAGAGUUAUGAUAUCAUCAGAAGACUCGAAACUUCAUAUAUUUGAUGGCAUUGAUAUCAUCCGCAAAUAUAGAGGUCUUCCAAAGUCAGGAAGUCAGAUGUCAGCUUCAUUUACUUCAAGUGGGAAACAUAUAGUCUCGAUUGGAGGGGACUCUCGUGUUUAUCUCUGGAACUAUAACAGGGCGUGCAUCCCUGCAUCAAAACAAACAAAAUCUGUGCGAUCCUGUGAGCAUUUCUUCUCUGAAGGUGUGACCGUUGCAAUACCUUGGUCGAGGAGCAGAGCAGGAUGGAGAGGCUCUGGGAGUGGUGCUACUGAAAGCUCACAAACACUGGACCUUGAUUCCGAACGUUCUUCCCUUGGUAAUUGGUUCUCCAUGGAUGGCUCGUGCUGGGGUUCUGCAACUUGGCCAGAAGAGAAACUUCCCCUGUGCGAUGUACCAGUUUCAGAAGAUGAAUCUCAUGAUCAGCACUACAGUAAUGCCCACAGACACAGGACUAUAUCAGACACGUGGGGAGUCGUGAUUGUGACGGCUGGAUGCGAUGGAACAAUCAAAACAUUCCACAACUAUGGAUUGCCCAUCAGGUUCUAGGCUCUAGCAGUAGAAACAAUGAAGCUUCUCAAGGCGAUGUAUAUCAUGAUGUACAUGUAUGUCAGUCAGUGUGUGCCCAAGUUCAACUUUUUUCUUCUUCUUAGUCCAUGGGAAAGGAGGAUGGAUUCAAAGCCUGCAUCUCUCCCUUGAGACACCGGACGUGCGAAUCAUUUGGAUCAAAGGCCAUUGACAAGUUCGAGCUGUUGAUAUCUAGCCUAAAUUUCCCUUCCCGAAUGACAAAAUCUUUUGACACGAUUGAUAAGUUCAGAAUUUCACUUCUGUUCAUGUCAGCUAGCUUAGAUAGUUUGGCGAAGAAGCUAAGGCCAUGCAAUUUUUCAUUUUCUUUCAACAACUUUUUUUUGGGAUGAAUGAUACCUAAUGUAUACAUCCACACAGAAAAGAAAUAUUAAUUGAAUUUUUGGUCUUUUCCUU